AUGUAUAAACUGCUGACUCUAAGAAAUAAGGUUUGCUUCAGGUGUUUCUCUCUCACGCAGGCAAAGAUCUACUUCUCCUUCCCUGGAGAACUGCUGAUGAGGAUGUUGAAGAUGUUGAUUCUGCCGCUCAUCACCUCCAGUCUUAUGUCCGGCCUGUCAGCCAUGGACACAAAGGCAAGCGGUCGGCUGGGAGUCCUGACCAUCACCUACUACCUGUGGACGACCUUCAUCGCUGUCAUCGUCGGCAUCGUGCUGGUGCUCAUCAUUCACCCGGGAACGGGCUCGGAGAAAGAAGGCCACCAUUCAAGUUCAGGGCCUGUUAUGACCUCCGCUGACGCCCUGCUGGACCUUAUCAGGAACAUGAUCCCGUCAAAUCUAAUUGAAGCAACUUUUCAGCAGUACCGAACGGAUUUGGUACCUAUUGUACAGAACUCUGAUGUAGCUGACUCUCAGGCCAACUAUGUGUACGUCAUGCCCGACUACCACAACCCUCGACUGGGCCACCCAGUCUUCCUGGAGAUCACCCCUGCUCCUGACAUCAAGUAUAAAAUCAUCCCGAGCACCAGCAAGGGCAUGAACGUACUGGGGAUUGUCAUCUUCUCGGCCACCAUGGGUCUGCUGCUGGGGAAGAUGGGAGAACGUGGAGCGCCACUGGUCAACGUGUGCCAGUGCAUCAACGAGUGCGUCAUGAAGAUUAUCAAUGCUGCCAUGUGGUACUUCCCCUUCGGCAUUGUGUUCCUCGUGGCGGGAAAGAUCCUGGAUAUGCAUGACCCGGCUCACCUGGGAGAGAAGCUGGGCAUGUACUUCAUCACGGUGCUGUCUGGUUUGUUUGUGCACGGCCUCAUCCUGCUGCCUUUCUUCUACUUCUUCUUCACGCGCAAAAACCCCUUCCCCUACAUCAGAGGGCUGCUGCAGGCUCUCGUCAUCGCACUCGCCACCUCAUCAAGCUCCGCCACAUUGCCCAUCACCAUGAAGUGUCUCCUGGAGAACUGCGGAGUGGACCGGCAGAUCGCUCGCUUUGUGCUGCCAGUGGGAGCUACCAUCAACAUGGACGGGACCGCCCUGUACGAGGCAGUGGCGGCCAUCUUUAUCGCACAGGUCAAUGAGUAUGACUUGGACUUUGGUCAGCUGGUCACUAUCAGUAUUACGGCAACAGCGGCCAGCAUCGGGGCAGCUGGAAUACCUCAAGCAGGCCUGGUUACCAUGGUGAUUGUCCUGACCUCUGUGGGGUUGCCGCCUGCUGACAUCUCGCUGAUUGUGGCCAUUGAUUGGGUUCUUGAUCGGUUCCGGACGAUGAUCAACGUUCUUGGUGAUGCCUUAGCUGCCGGGAUCAUGGCUCAUUUAUGUAAGAAGGACUUUGAGAAAGCAGCCACUGAAGCCAGUGCUACCACUACUGCUGCCAAUAAUGGAGGCGGCCCCAACCGGAGAGACACAGUCAUCUCGUUUGGUAACCAGAGUGUGGCGUUGUCCGACGUUCCUCUGAUCGCACACCGCUGUGACUAUGUGUUUGAAGUGGACGGAGACAACGUGCUGGAGAAACCUAUGACCUGCUACAGCCUCUGCCAAGUCUGAGAGACUUUCACAGGAUGGACAGCAAAGGAUGAUGCCUUCUACAGCACAUAGAUUCACCUCUUUGGAUCGAAGGGACCAUCACCUGAGGCCCCAGUUGGGUUAAAAUCCUGUUAGGUUUCUGUUCUAAAGGAGAACAAAGUUUGAGUACACUGUGGUUUCAGGGUUUAGUGGCUUGAAUGGAUUUUGCCUGUGCCAUGCCGAAAACAAACAAACCUUCAUUACUUGAUAUUCUGCAUGUCUCCAUUCAGUUUGGACUGUGGGGAGAUGCUCCAGAAGUUUCACAUGUAACCUAAAUCCCAAACAGACACUUUAAAUGCAUCCGCUGACACGAUCAUGUGUUGCGAUGACAUGCAUUAGAUGGAGAUUAGCACUCAUCAGUCAGCGGUGACAGUUAGACACUCACAGUAGGCCUGUCCUCAAGAAGUUUGAUCAAGGUUUUGAGUUGCCUUAACACGAUCUCAGUUUUGACGAUAAAACUUGAAUGACUUGAAAGUAAACAAAAACUGACUGACGAGCACAAUAAUAUUGUUGAA